AUGUCCUCUUCAUCUUUUACUCGUCUUAGUUACAAGAAAGUUUCAGUCUUUGUAUCAGUAGUCAUGAUUUUUGGUGUUAUUUUUCUCUUGGGCAUCUCAUCAAACAUUUGGAGUGGUGUUGCUUCUGUUCCUAAAUUGUAUGCAGUUCAAGUUAUCAAUGAGUUCCAUCAUGACCCCAGUGCCUUCACUCAGAUAGGUGUUGUUUUCCUCUUGGGAAUUUCCUUGAACAUAUGGAUCAGUUUUGCAUCGGUUGAUCACUCUCCAAAAAUCUAUGCAACUCGAGUGCUUAAUGAGUUCCCUCAUGAUCCAAAAGCUUUCACUCAGGGUCUUCUUUAUGCCGGAAAUGGUAUGCUAUAUGAGUCAACUGGCCUUUAUGGGAAGUCAUCUGUUCGCAGAGUAGCUCUUCAUACUGGGAAGGUUGAGGCUCUUCAAGAGAUGGAUGAUUCUUAUUUUGGGGAAGGAUUAACCCUGUUUGAGCAAAGGAAUCUUGGAGAUGUUUCACUAGCUUUUCAUUUGGGUAUCACCAAACCACAUAUUGGGGAAUUCACUCAUGGGAUGGAUGAUGGUUGGGGACUGGCUACCGAUGGAAAGGUUAUAUUCGGCAGUGAUGGGUCUUCAGCAUUGUAUCAGCUUGACCCUCGAACAUUUAAAGUCAUUAAAAAACAAAUUGUCAGUUAUAAUGGACAUGAAGUACACUAUCUCAAUGAACUAGAGUUCGUGAAUGACGAAGUUUGGGCUAAUGUUUGGCAGACUGAUUGCAUUGCAAGAAUCUCUCCAAACGAUGGUUCCAUGCUUGGAUGGAUUCUACUUCCAAAUUUAAGGAAAGGCUUGAUAGCGGCUGGAUAUAAUGGCAUCGAUGUUUUAAACGGCAUAGCAUGGGAUGGCAAUGACAACCGCGUUUUUGUUACUGGAAAAUUGUGGCCAAAGCUUUUUGAAAUCAAGUUGCAUCCAAUAAAGAAACAUAUCGAUAAUGGAGUGAUUGAGCAGCUGUGCAUCCCACGAAGACUCUGA